AUGAGACAAGGCAGGAGGAGGUCCUGCAAGCUGGCCAGGGAGAAGGGCUUCCAGAUGGGCCUGGAGGAGGAAGUGGAGCUGGUGACAGCCACAGAUGCAGACAGCGGCAUGUUUGGCUCCCUUUCCUACUCCAUUGGUUCUGGCAUCGGCAGUGUUGUCCCCACGCAGUUCAGCAUCGACAAGCACACGGGGCAGCUGUGCACUGUGCAACUUCUGGAUCGUGAUGAGGGCACGUCUGCCUAUGAUUUCACCAUCACUGCUGUUGACGGGGGUGGCCUGAACUCCAUGGUGUAUGUGAAGGUUUUCCUGGAGGACAUAAAUGACAACCGGCCAGUGUUUUACCCACUGGAGUAUGCUGCCAGCAUCAGCACGCAAAGCAUGCCAGGUACAGCUGUGCUGCGUGUUACUGCCCAUGACAAGGAUGAGGGACUGAACGGGAAAGUGACCUACCGCAUUGUCUUGGGAAACUCACCACCUCUCUUCUCCCUCAACAAGGACACAGGUGUCAUCUCCCUCUCAUGGUCCCUGAGUGGUAAAGCCAACACCCUGGUGCAGCUGGUGAUCUCUGCACAAGAUGGUGGGGGACUACAGGCACAGCCAAAUGCCCGGGUGAACAUCAGCAUCGUGGAGGGUACGGUCUCACCUCCUGUCUUUGAGCAAGCUCAGUACUUCUUCACAGUGCCUGAGGACAUGCUGCAGGGUGCCAGUGUGGGGGCUGUCCGGGCCCAGAACCCUCCAGGUCAUGCUGAUGACAUCUUUUAUUCCAUCUCUUCGGGGGAUCCUCAUGGCUACUUUUCCAUUGACUCUGCCUCUGGGCAGCUCCACACCAGCCUACCUCUGGAUCAUGAGUCCCAGGCAGUCCUCAUUCUGGAUGUCCAGGCCCGAAGUGGUUCACCUCCUGCCUAUAGCAACACACGCGUGAAAAUUUCUGUGUCAGAUGUGAAUGACAACAUGCCAGUGUUCCCAGCCCCCUCUGACUCCAUUCUGCUGCCACAGGCUACAGAACCUGGGACUACAGUGUACACUUUGCAGGCUGAGGACCGUGACAGUGGUGCCAACGGCCAGGUGAAUUUUGAGCUGGUAUCAGGAGGUGAUGGCACCUUCAGUGUGGAACGCUCAUCGGGGGCAGUACGACUGAUGGGGGCCCUGCAAUAUGAAGCCAGCACAGCCUACAGGCUGGCCAUUGUGGCCCGAGACAGUGGUGUUCCCCAGCUCAGCUCCACGUUCACACUGCUGGUGCAUGUGCAAGCCGAGCAUGACAAUGGGCCCAUCUUUGACACACUGACCUACCGCGUGGAGGUGCAGGAAGGUGUGCCUGUUUCCACCCGCUUCCUGCAGGUGCGGGCCCUGGCACGCGAUGCAGAAUCCAUGACCCUUACCUACCACUUGCGUGCAGAUGGGGAUGCUGCCAGCUUUGGCAUCAUGCCUGAGAGUGGUUGGCUGUAUGUCAAAAGCGCACUGGACCGGGAGACACGGGACCUGUAUGUGCUCACAGUGCUGGCCUCGGCAGGAGGAAGUGGUGCGGGGGGGGAAGCCCGGAAAACAGGCACCAGCACGGUACGGAUCAGCGUCACUGAUGAGAAUGACAACAGCCCCCGGCUGAGUGAGGAGCGUUACUUCUUCACUGUUCCUGAGAAUCAGGCUCCUGGUAGCAGUGUGGGCAGGGUGAUGGCAAGUGACCGGGAUGCUGGGCAGAACAGCCGGCUCACCUACCGCCUGCUCCAGCACGAUCCCAACUUCCUUAUCCACACACAGACAGGGGAGCUCAGCACCAAGCAUAGCUUGGACCGGGAGCAGCAGUCCAGCUACCAGCUCUUGCUGAUCGUGCAGGAUGGGGGAGCACCACCCCGCAGUGCCACAGGAACCAUCUAUGUCACUGUGCUGGAUGAGAAUGACAACGCUCCUGCUUUCCUUCACGUGACCAGUGGCCAGGAGCUGCCUGUGCAGGUGCUGGAAGAGAAGCCAUCAGGACUUCUAGUUGCCUCCCUGCAGGCCAAGGACCCCGACGAGGGUGAGAAUGGAACCAUCAUCUACUCACUGAUAGCAUUUCACCCUCUUUCUGCAGGAGCCUGGGCAGAGCGUUUCACACUGCACAUGGCUACUGGAGAGUUGCGGACUGCCACAGUUCUACGCCGGUCUGAUCGUGCUGAAUACAUCUUCACUGUGACAGCCAGUGACCGGGGUGCAGUGCCUCGCAGUACAUCAGCCAUCAUUCGUAUUCAG